GGGACUCGCGCGCUCCAGGGGCCAGGCCACGCCGUGCGGAGCCGCACGGGGUCCCCGGGGAGCCAUGCGGGGGACCCCCGCCGUCCCCUUCUGGCCCUGGCCGAAGCUGGCGCUGCUGCCGGUGGCGGUUUUUGUGCUGUGCCGAGGGACGCGGCCCCAGGGCAGGACGGGGCCCCUGCGGUGUUACACAGUUGGCCCCUCGGGGGACCUGCACUGCUCCUGGGAGCCUCGUGGGGACCUGGGGAGCCCUUCUGUGCUUCACCUCCAGAGCCAGAAAUACCAUUCUCACAGAGCCUGGAAGGUGGCAGUGCCCGCUGGGCAGCACCGGGUGACCAUUCCCCGGGGACACCUCACCACGGCCGACAGACUCCUCGUCUGGGGAACCCAGGCAGACCAACCUCUCUGGCCCCAAGUCUCCGUGAACCUAGAAACACAAAUGAGACCCGAUGCCCUCCGCCUCCAGCCUGAUGUGGAGUUUUCAGAGCACCCACCCCUGGAGGCCUCUCUGCAGUGGGCACCCCCGCGGUGGCCCCCCCACAAGCCUCUCACCUGCCAGUUCCGCUACCGGAGGUGUCAGGAGGCCAACUGGACCCUGCUGCAGCCUGAACUAAAGACCAUUCCGAUGAGCCCUGUUGAGAUUCAGGAUCUUGAACCUGCCACCAGCUACAAUGUGUCAGGCCGCUGCCGAGUGGAGGAAGCGGAAGAUCUGUGGGGCGAGUGGAGCCCCGCCCUCUCCUUCCAGACCCCGCCCUCUGGGCCCAAUGAUAUGUGGGUAUCAGGGAACUUCUGCCAGACUUGGGGUGCCCAGGAGGAGCUCCUGCUUCUGUGGAAGGCCUCUGGCUUGUGUGCCCAGGUGAGCUACACGGCCUGGUUCUGGCUUGCAGAGAAGAGUGUGAGGGAGGAAGGCAUCUCCUGUUGUCAUUUUCUCAUCCCCGCCCGGGCAGAGUGGGCAUCGGUGUCCGCUGACAAUGCCAUUCCCUGGGCACCACUCACCAAUCUCUCUUUGCUCUGCUUGGCUCCGGAGUCUGCCCCUCGUGGCUUGCAGGUCAGAGGCCUUGCCGGGGGCAUGGAGCUGCUGGUGACCUGGGAACCGGGAACCGGGGAGGUGUCUGAGUUUGUGGUGGACUGGAAAAGAGACGGUGACCCUCGGGAGACCCUCAGCUGGAUCCGGUGCUCCCCCAGGAACCGCAGUGCUGUGCUGCCAGCAGGGGAGUUCGAAGGAGGGGUCCCUUACCAGAUCAGGGUGACAGCUGUCUCCCCAGUGGGCUUGGCCCCGGCCCCUGCGGUCUGGGGGUUCAGAGAGGAACGAGCACCUCGAGUGGGCCCGGCACUUUGGCGGCUCCGAGAUGACCCCCCGGGGAUCCCCGCUGUAGCCUGGGGAGAAGUCCCGAGAUCCCUGCUCCGGGGUCACCUCACCCAUUACACCUUGUGUGUGCAGAGCCGGACCAGAGCCCCCUUCUGCAGGAACGUGAGCAGCAGCACCCAGACUGUCACUCUUCCUGACCUUCCCUCCGGUCCCUGCGAACUGUGGGUGACCGCAUCCACCAGCGGCGGACAGGGCCCACCUGGGCCCAGCCUCCGCCUUCACCUGCCAGAUAACACCCUCAAGUGGAAGGUGCUGCCCAGCGUCCUCUCCCUGUGGGCUUUGCUCCUGUUGGGCUGCGGCCUGAGCCUGGCCGCCUCCAGUAGCAGGUGCUUCCACUUGCGACACAAGAUAUUGCCCCAGUGGGUCUGGGAGAAGGUUCCAGAUCCUGCCAACAGCCAUUCUAGCCAAGGCCCCAUAGAGGAGGUGUUCCAGCCGCAGCCCCCCCAGGACUUGCCCAUCCUGGAGGUGGAAGAGGUGGAGCCCCCACCCAUCGGGAAGCCCCUCAAGGCCUCCGCCCCACUUCACUCAGGGUACGAGAAGCAUUUCCUGCCUACACCCGAGGAGCUGGGCCUUCUGAGGACCCCCAGGGCCCCGGUGCUGGCCUGAGCCUCCCCCCACCCCCACCCCCCACCAGGGGCCUCCAGGUCCCCUGGGUGUCCGUGAGACAGAAUGCCCGCCUCCCUUGCAGCUAUGCGCUGGACUAAGGUCUCCACAAAGUGGAGAAGUGAUG